CGCCCCCGCCCCCUCGGCGUCUGGCUCCCGCCCCCAGCUUCGCCUCCCGCUGCUGUAUCUGCCGCCGCCGCCGCCGCCGCCGCCGCCGCCGCUUCCCGCGGCCUGGGCCUCCCGCCGCCAGCAUGCCGCACGCCUUCAAGCCCGGGGACUUAGUGUUCGCCAAGAUGAAGGGCUACCCGCACUGGCCGGCCCGGAUCGACGACAUUGCUGAUGGUGCCGUGAAGCCCCCACCCAACAAGUACCCCAUCUUCUUCUUCGGUACACAUGAAACAGCCUUCCUGGGACCCAAGGACCUGUUCCCGUACGACAAGUGCAAAGACAAGUAUGGGAAGCCCAACAAGAGGAAAGGCUUCAACCAGGGUCUCUGGGAGAUCCAGAACGACCCCCACGCCAGCUACAGCGCCCCUCCGCCGCUGAGCUCCUCCGAGAGUGAGGCCCCAGAAGCCGACCCUGCGGGCGGCAGCGACGCGGACGAGGAGGAGGACCGCAGCAUCAUGGCUGUCACAGCCGUCACCGCCGCAGCCGCCAGUGACAGGAUGGAGAGCGACUCAGACUCUGACAAAAGCAGCGACAACAGUGGCCUGAAACGGAAGCCAUCGGCCCUGAAGGUACAGAUGUCUCUGUCCAAGCGCGCUCGGAAGGCCUCCAGUGACCGGGAUCGAGCCAGCGUGUCGCCCUCCGAGGACGAGAACUCGGAGAGCUCGUCCGAGUCCGAGAAGACCAGUGACCAGGACUUCACCCCCGAGAAGAAAGCCGUGGCCCGGGCACCGCGGCGGGGCCCCCUGGGUGGCCGGAGGAAGAAGGUGCCGUCAGCCUCAGACUCAGACUCCAAAGCCGGCUCCGAUGGGGCCAAGGAGGGCACGCUGCCCGCGGCGAGGUCCGCGUCCUCCUCCUCGUCCUCCUCGUCCUCCUCCGACUCGGACUCCGACGUCUCCGUUAAGAAACCUCCUCGGGGCAGAAAGCCAGCCGAGAAGCCUCCCCCGAAGCCGCGAGGCCGGAAGCCGAAGCCCGAGCGGCCGCCGUCCACCUCCAGCAGCGACAGUGACAGCGAUGAGGUGGACCGCAUCAGUGAGUGGAAGCGGCGGGACGAGGAGCGGCGGCGCGAGCUGGAGGCACGCAGGCGGCGGGAGCAGGAGGAGGAGCUGCGGCGGCUGCGCGAGCAGGAGAAGGAGGAGAAGGAGCGGCGGCGGGAGCGCGCGGAGCACGGGGAGGCCGAGCGCGGCGGCAGCAGCGGGGAGGAGCUCAGGGAGGACGACGAGCCCGUGAAGAAGCGGGGCCGCAAGGGCCGGGGCCGGGGCCCCCCGUCGUCCUCGGACUCGGAGCCCGAAGCGGACCUGGAGAGAGAGGGGAAGAAAUCCACCAAGAAGCUGCCGCCCCAGAGCGCAGAGCCGACGCGGAAGCCCGGCCAGAAGGAGAAGAGAGGGCGUCCUGAGGAGAAGCCCCGGGCCAGGCCCGUGAAGGUGGAGCGGACCCGGAAGCGGUCAGAGGGGCCCCCGCUGGACAGGAGGGCAGAGAAGAAGAAAGAACCUUCCGUGGAAGAGAAGCUGCAGAAGCUGCACAGCGAGGUCAAGUUCGCCCUGAAGGUGGACAGUCCGGACGUGAAGAGGUGUCUGAGCGCCCUGGAGGAGCUGGGGACCCUGCAGGUGACCUCCCAGAUCCUGCAGAAGAACACAGAUGUGGUGGCCACACUGAAGAAGAUCCGCCGCUACAAAGCCAACAAGGAGGUGAUGGAGAAGGCGGCGGAGGUCUACACCCGGCUCAAGUCGCGGGUGCUGGGGCCCAAGCUCGAGGCGGUGCAGAAGGCCAGCAGAGCUGGCGCGGAGAAGGAGAAGGCCGAGGUGGACAAGGCCGAGGAGAAGCUGCCCGCGGAGGAGGCUGCCAAGGAGAAGGCGGAGGAGCAGCCCAGCCCGGCCGUGGACCUCUCCGCCCCCGUGAACGGUGAGGCCACGGCCCCGAAGGAGGAGAGCGUGGAGGACAAGGAGCAGGAGGACGGGCAGGACUUGGAGGGCGGCCUGCGGCGCAGCUCCUCGGAGGACCUGCACAACGACAGCCUGCAGGAGGGCCCCGACCUGGACAGGCCCGGGAGCGAGCGGGCGCAGCUGGACUCGGAGUCCCCGGAUGAGGAGAGCUGAGGGGCGGCGGGCGCCGUCCUGUCCUGUCCUGUCCCAUCCCGUCCCCGGUCCCCGGCCCAGGGCAGGGCACUGCUGGGGAGACGCUGUGCUGUUUGUUUGUAUUUGUCCCUUGGGUUUUUUCUGCCUAAUUUCUGUGAUUUCUGACAGACAUGAAAUGACUAUAAAGGUUUUUUAAUGAAAA